ACUUACCUAGUUGGGUAAUGAAUGACUUGCAAGAAACAACUAAGCUGAAAGAGCAUGAAGGACUCCACAAUAUUGAUUUUGCAAUACUCCAAAUGAACAUGCACUGCACGUUUUGUGAGUUUUACUUUUACAAAUCUUUUCUCAGGAUUAUGGGCCAUGGUCACGGGAACGGUGGUGAGCUUCCUGAUUACAGGCAAUGGAAAAUAGAAGGGACCCCCUUGCAAAACGUCCAGGAAAGGUUGGCUAAAUUUGGUCUCAAGGACCCAUGGCUUCGCAAUGAAGCAUGGAGAUUCUCAGGAGGCUUUGCAAAACCAGCCACUUUCAUGGACGCACUCACCAAGGGAUUCAAAUGGGGGUUUGCCGCCUUUGUCGUGGCACUUGCAGUUGAAUAUACAUUUUUCCCCCCCGAAAAAAAUAAGGGACACCACUGAAGAUUUGUUUGUGUCUUCUAGGACUUGAGUCCAUUGUAUAGUCUUGACGUUUCAUGGAGUGGAGCACAUUAAAGCUCUCCAAAGAAGAA